AUGAAUAGCGACAUGGCCUCUUCGAAAUGUAUAAUAAUCUCUACGUCAUCGGAAAAAAUGUCGGAUCCGAAAGUAAGUGGUGUCUAUCGUAUUCCACCGUAUUAUUACAUUCAUGUAUUGGAUCAAAAUACAAAUGUACCACGACUGGAAGUUGGUCCAAAAACAUUUGUUAAACAAGACCAUGAAAAAGUUCUUGUUGGUCCAGAAAAACAUAUUAUCAUACCACCACGACAUUAUUGUGUUAUUGAAAAUCCAGCAAUGAAAGAUAAAAAAGGACAAGUAAUGGUCGACACACAUGGUCAAGUUCGCUUGUUACAUUCCGAUUUAGCUAUUAAAUUUACACAAGAACCAUUUCCCUUGUAUCCUGGAGAAGUGCUGAAACAGGCUGUGACACCCUUAAAAGUGAUUGAACCAAAUUGUGCAUUACGUUUACGAGCUGUGUUAGAUUUUAUUGAUGACACUGAAAAACCAAUCAGAGCUGGUGACGAAUGGUUAUUUGAAGGACCAGGUACCUAUUACCCUCGAAAAGAAGUUGCCGUUGAAGAACAAAUAAAAGCUACGAUUUUAAAACCUACAGAAGCUGUUCGAUUACGUGCAAAAAAAGAGAUGAUUGAUCGUGAUGGUGAACCUCGUGAGACUGGAGAAGAAUGGUUAAAUAAAACAGUUGGCGCUUAUUUACCAUUGGCUACUGAAGAGGUUGUCCGCGUUGUUCAGCCAAUUGUAUUAACAGAUAAAAAAGCCGUACAUCUUCGUGCGCUACGUACAUUUAAAGAUAAUUUUGGUAAUAAACGUCUACAUGGUGAAGAAUGGCUGGUAUAUGCUCAUGAUACUGAGACGUACAUACCAGAUGUUUAUGAAGAAGUUGUUGGAGAUGUUAUGGUAACCGCAUUGAAUUCACGACAAUAUUGUGUUAUUUUGGAUGCAGUAGGUAAAAAUGGAAAACCACAAUUGGGUAAAAAACAACUUGUUAAAGGUGAAAAAACAUUUUUCUUACAACCGGGUGAAAGAUUAGCAAAAGGUAUUCAAGAUGUUUAUGUAUUAGAAGAAGAUGAAGGACUUAUUUUGAAAUGUACCGAAGCAUUCAAAGAAGAUGGAAAAGUUCUUCGAUCGCCCGGUGAUCGCUGGAUGAUUCGAGGUCCAAUAGAUUACAUACCAGCUGUCGAAUCGGAAGUUGUUUUACGUCGUAAAGCUAUUCCAUUGGACAUGAACGAAGGCAUCUAUGUACGUGAUGUAAAAACUGGUAAAAUUCGAUCAGUAAUUGGAAACACAUAUUUGUUGACGGAAAAUGAAGAAUUAUGGGAAAAAGACUUACCAGAACAAGUUGAACAAUUGUUAAAUUUGGAUUCGAGAUAUUUCGAAGACACGCAACCACAACAAGUCAAUAUACCACCACGAGACAAAUCAAAAGUAGUCGCUUAUAGAGUACCACAUAAUGCAGCCGUACAAAUUUACGAUUAUAAAGCAAAAAAAGCACGUAUUGUAUUCGGACCAGAACUAGUUAUGCUCGGACCAGAUGAACAAUUUACAGUGUUUAAUAUAUCUGGUGGAAAACCUAAAGUUCCUAAUAAAAUUCGUGCAAUAUGCUUACUACUAGGACCAGAAUUUUCAUCUGAUAUCGUUACCAUUGAAUCAGCUGAUCAUGCACGUCUAAACUUAAAACUAUCUUACAAUUGGCACUUUGAUAUUAGAAAUAAAGAUGCUAAAGAAGUUCUCAGUAUAUUUUCCGUACCAGAUUUUAUUGUUGCAGCCAAAAUUCGUGGUGCUGUAGCAGGUGUCAAUUUCGAUGAUUUUCAUAAAAAUUCAGCACGAAUAAUUCGUGCUAGUGUGUUUGGUUUAGAAAAAGGCACAACAAAAAUUAAUAAUCGUUUUGUAUUUCCACAAAAUAAUCUCGUACUAACAUCCAUUGAUAUCCAGUCUGUUGAACCAGUUGAUCAACGCACUCGAGAUGCGUUACAAAAGAGUGUACAAUUAGCUAUUGAAAUUACCACAAACUCUCAAGAAGCACAUGCCAAACAUAUUGCUGAAAAAGCUGAACAAGAAGCUCGUGGUCAUUUGGAACGGCAAAAAAUUCAUGAUGAAGCCGAAGAACGACGUAAUCUGUUGUUAUUAACUGCUCUAUCUGCCGCCGUUGAGGCAACUGGACAGGCGAAAGCAGAAGCUCAAAGUCGUGCAGAAUCAGCGAAAAUUGAAGGUGAAGCAGCAGUUUAUUGUGCUCGUCUUCGUGCUGAAGCAUCUCGAAUUGAAGCUGAAGUUGAUUUAUAUCGUUUAACACAAGCACGCGAGUUAGAAUUAGCCUAUUCAAAAGUCACAUCGGAAUUAGAAGUUGAUCGAACACAACGUUUAGUAGAAAUUGAGGUCGACGAAUUUAAAAAACACGUUGCAGCUAUUGGACCAAAAACCAUUCAAGCUAUUGCCACAUCUGGUCCCGAUAUGCAAGUAAAAUUAUUACAAUCAUUAGGAAUCAAAUCAACGUUAAUUACAGAUGGUCGUUCGCCUAUAAAUUUGUUUAAUACGGCCAAGAAUCUUGUUGGGGAUGGUCAACAGGGAACAUCCGUAAUACCAUCAUCCUUACUAUCCACAAUUUAA